AUGACUUCUCCAUUUGUUUUGGUGAAGAUUCUAAAACUAUAUCAAAAGGAAUAUUAUGAUGAAUACGUUUUGCCUUUAUUACGUAAGCCAAAAAUAACAUUUGAUAUCAAACUUGAUGACUCGUUUUUGAUAACAGAUAUUAGACGCAAGGCUGAAAAUCAUCAGUAUAAAAACAGUUCUGAAGUAAUUGAGGAUUUAUCACGUGUAAUCCGUUUUGUAGAUUGUGGAAAUAAAUAUUUCAUUCAAAAGGACUAUAAUAUCCACGACAAAAUGAAUCAAAUAUCAUUUGUUCUUCAGUCAAACAUGAAAGAGUCACUUAAAAUGAUUAAAUUAUUUAAAGAAGAAGGUAAAACAAUAACAGCAUGGGAUGUACUACUAAAUCAAUUAUCCUCAUUAACCGUUAAGGGUGUUUGCUUUAAAUCUGAUUCUCCAGAUGUUUUCUCAACGUUUCAGGGUUAUAAAUACAACAUUCUCGAAAAACCAGAUUACUCAAAAAUUGAGAUGUUUAUGAAUUUCAUUAAAGAAGCCAUUUGUGAUAAUAACGAUGAAGUGUAUAAAUACCUUCUCGGCUGGAUUGCAUCAAUGAUUCAACAUCCUGGAAUCAAGAAUGAAACAGCAAUUAUUUUGAAAGGACUUCAGGGAACAGGUAAAAACAGAUUUACAGAUAUUAUUUCUGAACUUCUCGCUGGUUAUUCAUGUAAAAACAUUACUGAAAUAAGUGAGCUAACGGGUAAUUUCAACUCAGUAGUUGAAAAUAAAAUGUUUCUUGUACUUAAUGAACUCAAGAAUGUAGGUGAAGACAGACUUGCAAACUUCAACGCUUUGAAAUCAAUUAUUACGGAUAAUGAGAUUAGAAUUAAUGAAAAGAAUCAACCCAGAAGAACAGCACAGAACGUUGCAAACUUCAUUUUCGUAACUAACAACGUCUACCCUGUCAAAAUUGAAGUUGGAGACAGAAGAUACGUAGUUUUAAGGGUUAAUGGUAAAUUCAAGGGUCAAUUUGAUUACUUCAAGAAUUUAAUGGAUUCAUGCACUAAGGAAUUUUAUGAUAACCUUUUAACAUAUUUUAUGCAAUAUGACCUUUCAUCAUUUAAUGUACGAAUCAUUCCGAUGACUGAAGCCAAACAAGAUUUAAUCGAGUUAUCAACAAAUCCUUUAGAUGUAUGGAUAAAUACACAUUAUGAUGAAUUGAGUGCAGGUAUGACAUGUAAAAAAGCUCUAUUCUGCAAACCAUCAGACAUGAAAGACAAGAAUUUCCAAAUGAGCAUUAAGGAUAAAUGUGAUAAGAAACAGGUAAGAAUAGAUGGUAAACAAACAUGGUGUUAUGUUUUGAAAGAAGAAAUGAAAGGAUUAUAUAAACAG